AUGUCGUCAUAUCCCAAGUACAACUCGUACCGAUUCCCCAAUAGUCAGAACGAAGAGAACUCGAGAAGAAAUCACCACCCUGCACAACAGCAACAACAGCAACAGCCUGUGCAACCCCCCCGGGGGUAUAUGGAAGCGAAUUACUCUUGGAACAACGAAAACACGAACCGAUCCUAUUUGAAUACCAACAACGCGUACUCGCGCGCUCAAGAUUCGUUGUCGAGCUUUCCGCAUUUUCCUGUUGAGCUUAGUCGCUAUAGUCAACACGGCACGCGCACAGAUGAGAAUACGCAGAGAAGUGCCGGACUGAAUAGUCUGGUUUAUGUUUCUUCGCUCCAUCAGAACUCGGGGGUGUCGCAGUCCAAUGUUAGUGCGCAAGGCUCGAGUAAUUCGAAUGCUCAAUACCAGAGUGCGGCUUCAUAUCGUUACCCAUCUCAGUCAAAUUCAGCAGUGAAUGCCCAAGCGACAACAACCUAUAAUCAACAGCCUCAGCAUGUUUCUAACGCUGUCUCUCUAACAUCUCUGGCUUCAUAUACAUACCGGAACACUUCAGUGAACAAUGCUGCGCAACCAAAAUGGCGCCCGUCGCCGAAAGCGAACCAGCGUGGACAGCGAAACACCGAAAAUGACAAAAGUCCGCUUGUCACACAACCUUCCACAAAUACGUCUCUAAACGCGCCUUCAUAUUCACAGAUGUCUCAUGGAUAUAGUCUAUAUACCACCAAUACCUCAUCCGUAGCUAAUCCCAGCCAUACCGUGAUCUCUAUAGAAACGUUGCCCACGGUUACUCAAGAUUAUCCUCAAGUGUCAGAGACUAGAACUACGGAUCAGAUUUCUUCUUCAAACGUCCAAUACAUCAAUUCUACUGAUCUCUACAUCCAACAAUAUUUCCUCGCACAGGAACGUGCCAGAGCAACAGAACCAGAGCAAAUGGCAGGAGAGGAGGCUCGAAAGAAAGAAGUCGAAGCUCAGACUCAGGUUCAGGCGGAAGCUGUUGCCAGGGCUGCAGAGGAGGCUUCGUCCACAAACGCGCAAGCGACGCCUACGAGCACUGCUAAGGGAACAGUCAAACCGAAGCCUGCCAAAAAUACAUCUAAAAAGAGAUCAUCUGCAAAAAAGGAUGCUGCGCCCGCAGAUCCGUUAGACCCAGAGGGUGACCACGACAUGGCUCUCGAAAUGCGGAUGAUGUUGGAGAAGCUUCAUAGUAUGCGGAGUAAGGAUCCUUCAUUGUUUGCUAAGCUAUGGGACGACUUCAAAAACCCGGCUGCAAGUACCCAAACUACUGCAACAUCGGAGCAGGCGGCCGCUGGUCCGAGUCAGUCUACAACCAAUCCACCUCCAUCAACUAGAACUCUUAGUAAAACGCCCAAGGGCCAGGCCCAGGCCCAGGACAGCUUUCCAGACCUCGGGAAAUUCCCUGCGCAGCGACGCAAAAGGGAGAAGCAAAGUGAUGUUGCGGAGGUCGGUGCCGCCAACUCGCAGUUAGAUGCUUCUGCUCCUGUUGCUCAAGUCAAUGUCAAUUCAAUGCGUAAUCAACAGCAACAUCAAUCUCCUGCACCUGUCCCUGCGUCUGUUGCAAAAAAAACAGCCGCAAAAUCACUGCAGAAAGCAUCGACUGCAGCUUCCUCAGCAUCUAAGCCCAAGGCGACGCCAGCACAAGAGGCUACAUGGCCAGUUGCAACUCAACAGAAGCUAGCCAAGGCUGUUUCAGGGUAUUUGAGCAAAGAUGCUGCAAACAAUGGCAAAGAAUGUUCACCAGAGUCUCUGAUGCUCCUUUUGCGAAACAAUCCGACCUAUCCAGAUCUAUGUGCUCAAUUGGAGUCUCGAGGGUUCGUCUUGGAUAGACAAGCCAUGGCCAGGUUUCUUCUUGUAGCUGUCCCUGCGCUCCUUAGCGGUAAGAACGGGCAGGAGAAGAAAGCGGAAGCAAUCAAAAACACUCCUUCAGCCCAGGCAAGCCGGUCUCUCCCUCCAACUAUGACUCAACCUCCUCCACAUCCACCAUCUCUGCCACCUCAACCAGUCCAACCUACUCAAGCAUCUCAACUAGUACCACCGGCUCAAUCUACGAUACCGCCUCGUCCAGCUCUUCCUCAAGGAGUGCCCACAUCUGACUUGGAUGUCGUUUACUACCAACCGGGAGCACCGGCGCACAAACCACAUGCACCAAAGAACGUCGAUCCAACUAUAAGCACUGCUAGGCCACAAUCAAACCAGAAAGGAAAAACUAGUUGGCAGCGGCCACGGAGAUCGGACGGGGCAUGGAUAUCGAAUCACCCUGUUGGGCCUAAGGCUGCAAUGGCGAGAAAGAGAUUUUUUUCUGAGAUUGUGGACAUGUCACAAGCGAGCAGCGACGAAGAGGGAAUUCCAAGCGAUGAUGACGAUGACGAUGAAGAUGGAUUUUCUGGUCGUCCAAAUGCCAGUAUGAAUAUGAGCAUCUCUCAGCCGCCAAACUUUCCAGAUUCUGGGCCAGAUCCGAUGGAUAUUGACACGGACUCGCCAUAUCCAAUUGAACAGGAUCUGUCUGAUUCACAUGCUGCUAUACCCGAGCCUGAUAUUGAGUUCAAUCCUGAUGAUGAGUCUGUCCUCUGCGAGAUCAAACGUCUACCGAACAUAACCAAGCCGUUGAACCCGUCAGAUGCCUUGAAAAGAGUUUAUUACAACCCGAAAUCAAUUGCACGGGACAUCAUGCUUGCUACAGGUCGACAUCCGUCUGAGCGGCCCCUGAACUUUCACUUGAUGCAUUUCACACAAACAUUCUCGGGGGUUACCGUGCGGUCGGAUCUUGAAACUUUCAAAUGGAAUCUCGUUGACCCAGGCGGCCCUUCCAUGCCAGUUGUUGAACUCGAGGAUAUCCUCGUAGAGCCACCCGAGUUUACUCGUAAGAAGCGCCGUCGCCGUGAUGUUGGAUCACGUGACGACGCAGACGUCAAAGGCCCCACUUCGGAGAGUCAACCUCAGCCAAGCGGAACAGUUGCUACGCCUGGACAACCACUUUCUACUUCUGUUUCCACGCCUCACGGUGUACGUGAUUCAAUGGUUGGCACACCGACCACUGGUCAGAGGACCGGUCGUCGCGGUCGGCCGCCUGGCGCCAAAAACAAAAACCCUACGAAAGCUACCUUGAAAGCUCUUGUCAAGACUACCGCUGGGAGCUCUACGAGAGACGCGCAACCCGCCGUACCUGCACCUGCACCUGCUACCUCCGUCCCUGAGCUUUCCUAUCCUAUGUUCACGUGUGAAUGGGCGUCUUGUCCUGCGCAACUCCACGACGUGCAUACGUUGGAGCGCCAUGUUGUCAAAAACCACAUAUCUGGUCAAACAACAUGUCUAUGGCAGAACUGUCCCAAUCUUGCAACAGAGUAUAGCGGCGAAGGUUUGAAGGAGCAUUUAGCACAAGCGCAUAUCCAACCUCUGGCAUGGAAGUACGGAGAUGGGGCCUCCGUUAAUGGAAAUGUCCAAUUAGAUCUCGAUCGUUAUUUGAAUGCCAACGGCUUGAUUGUGACACCCGACGCUAUUACGGCCGGCGAAAACGACGCCCUCAUAUUCCCAGUUGAACCGAUACCGAUUCGCGCAUUCAAUAAACUGUACGGCGAUCAGAAGGCCACCGAUCGUGCACGACAGGUAUUGAGGGCGGUGCAAAAGCGACGCAGACGCGUAGGCAUUGGUCUUGAACAGGAAGGUUGCGAAUUCUCGACCCCCGUGCGGAACAAACUAUUUGUGAACGACGAGGAGUUUUACGAGGUGGUGACUGAUGGGGAGCAAGGGACGGAUGAUUGGUUUUCGCAAGGCGAGACUUAUUAG